AUGCCUACGACUGAGCUGGCUGCGGCGUAUGGCAAGCUUGGCGUCUUGUCGUCGGCAAGCAAGGCAGAAGUAAAGGAGGCAUUUGUUCGGCUGUGUAAGCAAUGUCAUCCGGACAAGGUGCCACCUGCACAACGAGCUGUAGCCGAGGCUCGUUUUCGUGAAAUCAAGGAGGCCUACGACGCCAUUCUGCGAGGCCAGGCUGGCUACAACGUACCACCUCCAGGCUCCCGUCCCAAUCCCAAAUACGCACGGGCCUACUACCAGGCUCAUGGCAUGGGUAUGGAUUUUGGGGAGCGCGGCCCCGUUCGGUGCGGAGGGCCUUAUGGCGGCUUCGCGACGGAGUGGGAUUUCUACCGUGCCAUGUUCCGGACGACGCGCAACAAUCCGUUUGUGCUCAUAGCGACCGGUUUCCUCGCCAUUCCCGCCAUCAGCCUGUUCGUGUCCGCGGUGAACGGGGACACUGACUGGGUGAAGCAGUUUCGCGACCAGGGGCUGCAUGUGUUUGGUCAGGAGAGCCUGAAGGCCAACGGCCGUGACGCGGUGGGCAUCAACCCCUUCGCCAUUCGCCGACUGGAGGACAUCCACGAUUCGUACAUUUACAAGGAUGAGAAGUACGCCCACCUUCGCAAGUAA